ACAAGAAGAGAAUGAGAACUUGUGGAGAGGGUAGCACUAGCUCAAAUAUGAGAACUGAAUUAGACAAGUACCUAGCUGAGGAUACCGAAGAGUUGACUGCAGAAUUUGACCUUCUUGAGUGGUGGAAGUUGAAUGCUGCUCGCUUUCCUGUCCUGUCAAAAAUGGCUCGUGAUAUACUAGCAAUCCCUAUCUCAACGGUUGCUUCUGAAUCAGCUUUUAGCACUAGUGGCCGUAUUCUUGAUGACUUUAGAAGCUCUUUGACACCAGCGACACUCCAAGCGUUGAUAUGUACACAAGAUUGGCUGCGUAGUAAGCCUAUCAAUGUUGAACUUGAUCUUGCUGAGUUGACCAAACUGGAGGAAGGUGUGGGAGCCCUUCGAUUGGAGGAUAAUGGUGUAAUAUCGAUUGAUUGAUCUUCAUGUGUGGAACUGGAGUGGAAACUUGUGCAAGUUGCUGCCUGAAGUGAUGAAGUUUGUGUGUGUCAUCUGUCAUGUGUUGAACCCAUUUUGCAAUAUGUUGAACUUUGGCUGUGUCGAACUUGGUUGUUCUAGAAUUUAAUGUACUCUUAUGCGCCAGAAUUUCAUAUGAACUUGUAAUGGAGUUUAUUAUCUUGAUGUGUUCUCAUGCUUGAUUCAUGCUGGACAUGUCUUUGUUCCAGAAUUUCUUCAUGUUAUUGUACUGGACAGGUACUGUUCCAGAAUUUCUUCAUGUUAUUGUACUGGAUAUGUACUAAGUGUCUAAGUGCUUGUACUGGA